UCCAGGCGCCCUCCUUGAUCUCAAUGAUGUCGUCACAAGUAGUGUUGCAGCUUGGUCUGGUGGGUGUUCUAUUAGCAGCGUGUGCGCAUGCGCAGAACAUGACGGUCAUGUGUUACUAUUUUGACUGCCCAUCGUACAGCAAAACCGCUCAACGCAGUAUAUAUGAAGAGCGGGUGUACGCCAACGAGAGGUGGGUCGCCACUUCCGGUGACGUCAGAAACCUGGAAACGUCUCGCUUGCAGAUGUUCAACAGACUGCUGUCCUAUCUGAGCGGUGCUAAUGUACAGAGCAAAGCGUUGAACAUUACUCUACCCUUCCUGACGAAAGUAGUUCGUGCCCCCGGAUCUGACGUCACGACCGACAUGACCAUGUACAUGUACAUCCCUCUGGGCAGCCAAUCGGCCCCACCCACGCCUUCUGACCCCAAGGUCACGGUCGUGUCGAGUCCAGUCACGUAUAUCUUCAGCACAUCAUUCGGCGGAUACACUUCAAAGUCUGGAGUGAAAAAGACGCGGAAAGACUUGUUUACUGCCAUCGGCGAUGCUCGUCGAUACGAUGACAGUCACUUCUAUCUCGCCACGUACAGCAGCCCUCUACAGAUGAAGAACAGGUACAACGAGCUGUGGAUGGUCAGGAAAUAAACACGCGGUGCUACAGAGCAACGGUUGUGUGACACAGGCACAUUCACCGACGGUUGUUCCCAGUGCAGGACGUUAUAAGGAUGUGUUGUACAGACUGGAUGUUUAACAAUAAACCAUAUGAUUGGAGGGACACUUUCCAUACCUGUUAUGUGUUUUCUUGUUAUGGUCUUAACGUAUUCGUGUGAUGAUUUAUUCUGGCUUGUGUGUGAAUUACAUACAGCUUAUUUCUAACGAUUUCUUUUGACAUUCAAUAAACAUGUUUUAUAACGA